CAAGGUUCCAUGGUCUCCCAAUUCAUUAGGUAGGCACCUACCUAAGAUAGUUAUGUGGAAAGCUUGUACCUUUUUGGUGUAAUUGCGUUGCUAGUGGUACCUCAGCGCUGACAAUUUCUCGUGCUGCCAUAGGGUCCGAAGCCGCUGGUGACGGCAACGGGUGUGAAACCCUUCUUUUCCACGUUCCCAAAUCUUCUUCUUAAACCUUACGCAAGUAACUAACUUUGUCUCUUCUGCAUCACUUCGGUUUCUUCGGGUCACCGAUUCAAGAGGACAGCUCUCGCGCCCGAGCUCACACCUAUAGGGAUCUGGUUCCCUCUCGUUGCCCAAUCCCUCCUUACAUUGGAUCAUCUUGCUCUAGCAACUGUCUGUCGGCCGCUUCCUUGCGUUUGGAGAGAUCGGGUCAUGUCGACCACUGUUGGCGCCUUCAUUGCUGGCGGCAUUGCCGCCUGCGGUGCCGUCACUGCAACACAUCCUUUUGAGACGGUCAAAAUUCGGUAUGUUCUGGGGUUUUUGGCACGCGAUAUUGUCCCGGCAGAUGUUGACAAUAUCCCUGUACAGUAUGCAGUUGCAAGGCGAGCUUCAGAACAAGGGCCAUCAACCUCACCAUUACAGAGGACCGAUCCAUGGUGUGAGCGUCAUUGUGCGCAACGAAGGUGUCCGUAAUAUCUACCGCGGAAUUGGCGCGGCCUAUAUCUACCAAGUCCUUCUCAAUGGCUGUCGUCUCGGAUUCUACGACCCUAUGCGCAAUGCGCUCGCGAGCUUCUUCCUCAAGGACGGAAAGGCCCAAAAUCUGGGCAUCAAUAUGUUCUGCGGUGCGGCCUCGGGCGUCAUCGGCGCCGCCGCCGGAAGCCCCUUCUUCCUCGUCAAGACCCGAUUACAGAGUUUCUCGGCGUUCCGACCCGUUGGCACACAGCACCACUACCGGGGCGCAUGGCAUGGCUUCAAGUCUAUCUAUGGAACUGAGGGUAUCAGUGGUCUCUACCGUGGUGUGCAGGCUGCCAUGAUCAGGACUGCUUUCGGCAGCUCUGUUCAGCUUCCCACAUAUUUCUUCGCGAAGCGCCGCCUGGUUCGUCAUUUUGAUAUGGAAGAGGGCCCCGGUCUGCACUUGGCCUCCAGUGCUAUCAGUGGAUUCGUUGUCUGCUGCGUGAUGCACCCUCCUGACACCAUCAUGUCCCGCAUGUACAACCAGAACGGCAAUCUUUACAGCAGCGUUGCCGACUGUCUCUCCAAAACCAUUCGCUCUGAGGGUCUCUUUGCUCUGUACAAGGGAUUCUUCCCUCAUCUUGCCCGAAUUCUACCCCACACCAUCCUCACUCUGAGCUUAGCUGAGCAGACCAAUAAGCUGGUCCGCAAGAUUGAGGAUCGCAUUCUCCCCGGAAGAUUGGAGAUGGCGACUUGAAGGUGAUGAGAUUGUUAGAUGAGGGCAAUAAUGAACGGGCGGCAUAGUGAUUAGCGAACAUCAUCGAUCUAUGAGCAAAAUUGCUCUUGUAUAUGACGAAAAAGAAAGAAAUAUUCGAGUCCUCAUUUAUACGAUUAUCUAGCAGGACAAUAGGAGCAUUCGGCACCGCCUGGGUCAUGGGUUUGGCAAUCAAAAGGCGGCGUGGCGUAUUUGAGGAGUUUUCAGUCACGAUAGAUACUAUGUUAUACCAGAAUAUAUCAAUGUGAAUUUUCAGAUUCUUGUACGAAUG